AUGCUGCGAACAACGACUCGGAGUACGCUCACAAAAGCGCGGUUGGCGUAUUACGCUGCAGCGGGCCGAUCGAUAUCAACGACGCCGGUCGUCUUGAAGGAACGAGCUCCGCCCCCCGCUCGCGAUUGGGGUAAGCCACCCCCUCCCCGCGAUUGGGGAACGCCGCCUCCUGCCCGCAACUGGGGUUCACCGCCUCCCGCUCGUGACUGGGGAAGCGCUCCUCCCAGAAAUCGGCGCCAGAACGAUCGACAGACCGAUGGCUUUGACAAUGAGUCUCGCGGCAACCGCGGCAGCAAUAGGGGUCCCCGACGGAACGACGAUGGUGGCCGCGAAUCCUCUGGACCGGCCAGCCGACGAGGCCCUCGAAACAACGACAGAUCCGAUCGAGUCAGUUGGGGGAUGGCUGGCCGUGGACCUCGGGCUCCCAGGACGACUGGGCCGGACGUGCUAACCCCUACCGGUACGCAGAGACGGGCGGAGGAGAAGUCUGCCGAGUCCGCUUCCCGACUUAGAGACGAUUACGCGCCAUCACACGGCGUGAUGGAGGAAGAUGGCGACCGCCAUCGACGCGGAAAGCCGCGCCACGAUAGGUUUGGCCGAGAGUCACGGUCUCUUUUGAAGGAGAUUGGCGGAGAGCUUGAGAUCCCGGGCCCUGAGCACCAUCGGAGCCCGAAGGGCAAGGGCAAGAAUGCCAAGAGCGCUUUCAAGGACCGCGAUCGUGAGAGGCGCGAGUUCAUGGUCAUGGAUGAGGAUGAGGAGGCUGCUCUGCUUCUCGAGCAGAUGAAGCUGGAGAAGAAGCGCAAGGCGGAGCGGGAAGCCAAGGAGAAGGCUGAGGCCAAGGCUGCCGCCGAGAAGAAGAACCGGAUGCUGCGUGAGGUCCACAUUCCGACCACGAUCACUGUGUCGCAGCUUGCGGCUAAGAUGAAUCUCCGUCUGCCUCGCCUACAGAACAAAAUGCGCCAGAUUGGUAUGAAGGAAGAGCAGCUCCGUGCCGACUACUUCCUGAACUCGGAUCAGGCCUUUGAGCUCGCCCUCGAGUUCAACCGUGAGCCCGUCCUCGAUUCGGACAAGGGCUUUGACCUGCCGGAAGCUGAUCUCUCGAAGUGCCCGCUGCGUCCCCCCGUUGUCACGAUCAUGGGGCACGUCGAUCACGGGAAGACGACGCUACUCGACUCGCUGCGUAAAACGUCAGUCGCGGCCGGCGAGGCCGGUGGCAUCACACAGCACAUCGGUGCCUUCUCCGUGCCCCUGUCCGCCAUUUCGCCGUCAGCCACCGACUCGGACGCAACGAUCACCUUCCUUGACACCCCUGGCCACGCUGCGUUCACCGGAAUGCGUGCUCGUGGAGCGUCCAUCACGGAUUUCGUCGUGCUCGUAGUUGCCGCCGAUGACGGUGUCAUGCCGCAGACGAAGGAGGUCAUCAACCUCGUCGCGGCUGCUGGCGAACAGGUCGGUCUCAUCGUCGCCAUCAACAAGUGUGACAAGCCGCUGGUCGACAUUGAGCGCGUCAAGCAGGAGCUCGGUGCUGAGGGUAUCAUUCUGGAGGAGGACGGCGGCGAUGUGCCUGCUGUCCGCGUGUCGGGCUUGACUGGUCUCGGUCUCGACGAGCUGACCGAGACCCUGUCAACGAUGGCCGAGCUUCGGGAGCUGCGCGCUCGGGAGGACGGACAGGCUGAGGGCUGGGUUCUCGAGUCCAACGUCGACCCCGGACGCGGUAUCAUCGGUACCGUGCUCGUGACGCGAGGUACACUGAAGAGCGGCUCCUUCAUUGUUGCUGGCGAGACGUGGUGCCGCGUGCGUCAAAUGAUGGACUCGAACGGCAACAUCGUCGACAGCGCCGGUCCUGGCAUGCCCGUAUCCAUCAGUGGUUGGCGCUCCGUCCCUGAGGCGGGCAUUCAGCUGCUCGAGGCGCAGAAGGAGGAGGAUGCCAAGCGCUGUGUCACGAACCGCCAACGCGAGAGCGAGCGGAUCAAGAUGGCGGCCGAGAUCGAUGCUAUCAACGAGAAGCGAGCCGGAGACCGGGAGGUCGCUGCCCAGCUCGCCGAGCGUGUCCAGGAAGCCAAGGCGGCGGGUGACAGUGUCACGAAGGCGCUGCACGCCGCGCGCCGAGCAGCCGAGGAGGCCAAGGCUGCUGGAAAGAAGGAGCUCCGCCUCGUCAUCAAGGGAGACGUGAGCGGCACCGUCGAGGCGGUUGUCGGCUCCCUCCAGGGUAUCGGCAACAAGGAGGCGGGUGUCAAGAUCGUGCACACCGGUGUCGGAGACGUGCACGAGAGCGACAUCGCGCUGGCCGAGGCAGCCGAGGGCGUUGUGAUCGGCUUCAGCGUCGAAUGCGCGCGCUCGCUCCAGCAGGAGGCGAAGGAGAAGGGCGUGUCUGUCCUGACAGAACGAGUCAUCUACCGCCUGAUUGAGGAUGUGCGGACGCGCGUGGCCGCGCUCCUGCCGCCCGCGAUCGAGACGCGUGUGCUCGGCGAAGCUGUCGUGCAGCAGCUGUUCGACAUCAAGCUCCCAAAGAAGGAGAUUAAGCGCAUCGCCGGCUGCAAGGUCGCCAACGGUGUCAUCAUGCGCAACGAGGGUGUGCGCGUGCUCCGUGGUCCGGAGCGCAAGUUGAUCUUCGAGGGCCAGAUGGACGCCCUCAAGCACGUCAAGAAGGACGUGCUGGAGAUGCGCAAGGGAACGGAGUGCGGUAUCUCCAUCGAGGGCUUCCAGGACAUUCGCGAGGGAGACGAGAUCAUCUCUUUCCAGACCUUUGAGGUGCCGCGCACCCUGUAA